AUGUCACAAAAUGAAUAUGACAAAAAUGAUUCACUUUUUAAUAAAUUUUCAAAUAAAAAUUUAACUAUAGAGAAUGAAACUCUACUAUUUUCAAUGAUACCAUGGGAAAUUGUUAAGAAUGGAAAUGUUAUUGAUUUUGGUUGUGGUAAUGGAUGGUUUUGUAGAGAAAUGAUUGAAAAAGGUGUAAACCAAAUUAUUGGUGUUGACAUUUCUGAAAAAUUAAUUAAAAAAGCAAUAGAAUUAAAUAAAGAUAAUAAUGAAAAAUCAAAAUAUUAUGUCACUGAUUUAGAUAAUUUCCAACUUAAUGAAACUCCUUUUAAUUCAUUAAUUGGUUCAUUUGAUUUUGCAUUUAGUUCAUAUUUAACUCAUUAUUUAUCAGAUUUAGAAUCAUUUUUUAAAAAAGUUUACAAUUUAUUAAAAUCAAAUAAUAAUAAUGGUAGUAGUUUUAUAUUUUUUGCAGAACAUCCAAUGAGAACUUCAACAAAAUGUAUUGAAAAUAAAUUUAUUAGUCAUAAAUUUGAAGGUGAUGAAAAUUCAAAAAUGGUUUGGCCAAUUUCAAAUUAUAGUGAAGAAGGUAAAAGAGUUACUAAAUGGGCUGGAUCAAAUGGAAUUGUUAAAUAUCAUUAUACAAUUGAAACUUAUGUAAACACUUUAAUUAAAGUAGGUUUUAAAAUUGAUUAUAUAGGUGAAUUAAAUCUUGUAGAAAAACAAUUACAACUUUGCAAUUCUGGUGAUAUAACAAUAGAAGCAAAUAGUCCAUUUACACUAUUUAUUAAAGUAAUAAAAAAUUAA